AUUCGGUCAUCUGAUGCUGUUUACAAUCACUGGGGAGAUCCCUACGUUAUUGGGAGCUACGUACGUGGAUGAGAGCGGCGGUAUUCAAGGUCGCUCUGAGCUUGACAGACGAAGGAAACACGUCAUCAAGUGCCAGAAACAACCACACCCUCAACUUGCUAAUGACAGGGUGCCUCCGUAAUUUGCCUCAAAAGAGGCCAACUGCAGAGGUUCUGGUCAAGACACUGGAACAUGUGAUGUCACAUGAUGACAGUGAGAGUAAUAUCCACCUCCUACUACAACUAGGACUGCAAGAGAGACAGUUCCGAGUGACAUCCACCACCAGGACAAAUGCACCUCAACACAUUGACAGGGGAGCGGCCUGUAGCUCUCAUGACGGUGUAGCCUACUUCACACCCUACAAUUCCCACUGGGUGUUCAAGUAUGAACUGGAGAGCAACAAGUGGACAAAACUCCCUCUGUGCCCACAGGCCAACUUUGGCAUGGUUGUAAUCAGUGGACUAUUGACUGCUAUUGGAGGGGAAGACAGGCCACCCGAGGCUACAGAAAAAGGGCCACAUACUAAUGCACUAGUUAGCCUCAGAGGGACCCAGUGGUUCAAGAAGUUACCGCCAAUGAACACACCACGUUCAAGACCUGCAGUUGUCAGCUCUUCUGACGGAGUGUGUGUGGUAGCAGCGGGAGGGGUGGACGAUGGAGGGGAUUGGUGGAGCACUGCAGUUGAACAUUACAACUGCACCACUCGGCAGUGGACCAGUCUAGCCCCCAUGCCCAUCCGUCUCCCAGGCAUAUGUGCCGCCCUGUGCGGUGACCAACUGCACCUGUUAGACUGGACAGACUCUGCUUACACCUGCUCUCUACAAUCUCUCCUUGUUUACUCUCUAUCUUCACGUUCUUCUGACGCGGCCACCCAAUCCCUCUGGACGGCUAUUCCCCCUGUCCCCUCAUACUGGUCAACACCGGUCAGUGUGGGCGACAAACUGGUGGUGGUGGGGGGCCACACUAGACCGAACACAACCAAUGCCGUCCAUCUCUACGACCAGGGGAAAUGGACGUGCAUUGGGCACAUGUCCUACUCAAGAAAAGACAGUAUUGUAACGACACCACGUGAUGAUAUCAUAAUGGUAGUGGGAGGGUUGGACCCUGGCACCACAGAUGACGUGGAGAUACUGACAGUGUCCAUGUAGCACUAUACUCCCGGUUAUCUUUAGAGUACGUGCAGCAUGAGCACAACACAUGAAUUUCUAUACAAUUACCACACACG